AUGGCCUUGGCAGCUGAGAAGUCAAGGCCUGAUUUUACUCACAACGAGCGCCUCGAGGCGUUAAACGCCUCAGCUGAUGGCCUAGGAGAUCAGCUCGACGCGCCACAGAGAGGCUGGAACGAUCUGAUAUUGAAACUCGAGUUGUCUUCUCUCUCAGCCAAGUGGUGGACGCAAUGCCAAGCGUUGUCUUGGGCGCGGCACUUUUCUGUAGCAAGGAAGGGACUGUUCCCUGUCUACAUCAAUUCUCUCGACCAACUUAUUCACAAUCACAACUUUCCUGCACGAGACUACCAAAUCUAUAUAAUCAUGACCAUUGUUCGAGUUGAGCAGCCCCGCUCGUGGUCCCACCACUUUCAGCGCGUCACGAUCAACAUGGACGUGGUGUCACAAGAGUGCAUCAACAUGAUCAACGCCAAAGAAGUCCAGGAGCUCCUCAAGCGAGACGGGGUCCGCCACGCCUCCUUUGGCCAGGCCGUAGCCGACAACAACAACGGCAACAAGCUGGCCAACGGCUACAUCUCCAAGCUCGAGAUUACCGGGUUCAGCCAGAAGACGAAGAGGGUCACCCGCUUUGAUAGGAGUCGGCGCUGGGAAUGUGACGUUUCCAUUGCGUACAAUGCUGUUCAGGAGUUUGUCACCAUGGACGAUGCGGAGAAGGAUGGGGAUUUCAGCCGGCCGCCGAUCCAAGCCGUUAACGACCUGCGUCAGCAGUUUACGAAGCAUGGCGUGUAG